AUGUAUGUUUAUAAGCGCGAUGGACGCAAGGAACCCGUAAGGUUUGACAAAAUAACUGCUAGAGUCCAAAGACUUUGUUAUGGACUCGAUACUGCUCAUGUCGAUGCCGUUGCCAUCACUCAAAGAGUCAUUUCUGGUGUUUAUCAGGGAGUUAAUACCAUCGAGUUGGACAACUUGGCUGCUGAGACUGCCGCAUACAUGACUACCAUCCACCCAGAUUAUGCCAUUUUGGCAGCAAGAAUCGCGGUUUCAAACUUGCACAAGCAAACUACUAAGCAAUUUUCUCAAGUGAGUAAAGAGCUUUACGAUUACAUCAAUCCAAAGACAGAUUUGCACUCGCCUAUGAUCUCCAAAGAGACUUAUGAUGUGAUCCAGAAACAUGCUGACGAGUUGAACUCAGCUAUUGUCUUUGACAGAGAUUUCAACUACAACUACUUUGGCUUCAAGACGUUGGAAAGAUCAUACUUGUUGCGUAUCAACGGAAAGGUCGCCGAAAGACCUCAGCAUUUGAUUAUGAGAGUUGCUGUGGGUAUCCAUGGUGAUGACAUUGAAAAGGUUAUUGAAUCAUACAACUUGAUGUCGCAACGUUACUUCACCCACGGAUCACCCACUUUGUUCAAUGCUGGUACUCCAUCUCCUCAGAUGUCUUCAUGUUUCUUGGUUGCCAUGAAGGAAGACUCUAUCGACGGUAUUUAUGACACGUUGAAAACUUGUGCUUUGAUUUCCAAGAGUGCUGGUGGAAUUGGCUUGCACAUUCACAACAUUCGUGGAACAGGAGCUUAUAUUGCCGGUACUAAUGGUACCUCCAACGGUAUCAUCCCCAUGGUGCGUGUGUUCAACAACACCGCCCGUUAUGUCGACCAAGGUGGUAACAAGAGACCUGGUGCCUUUGCGUUAUACUUGGAGCCAUGGCAUUCAGAUAUUUUCGAGUUUAUCGAUAUCAGAAAGAACCAUGGAAAGGAAGAAAUCAGAGCCCGUGAUUUGUUCCCAGCUUUGUGGAUUCCUGAUUUGUUCAUGAAGAGAGUCGAACAGAACGGAGACUGGACUUUGUUCUCUCCUAAUGAAGCCCCAGGUUUGCCUGAGGUUUAUGGUGAUGAAUUCGAGGCUUUGUACGAAAAGUACGAAAGAGAGGGAAGAGGAAGAAGUACUAUCAAAGCUCAAAAGUUGUGGUACGCCAUUUUGGAAGCACAAACCGAGACUGGUACCCCAUUCAUGUUAUACAAAGAUGCUUGUAACAAGAAAACUAACCAGAAGAAUUUGGGUAUUAUUAAAUCAUCUAACUUGUGUUGUGAGAUUGUUGAAUACUCAUCGCCUGAGGAAGUCGCUGUUUGUAACUUGGCCUCCAUAGCCUUGCCAUCUUUCGUGGAGUCUGAUAACAACUCAACUUGGUACAACUUUGACAAGCUUCAUGAGGUCACCAAGACGGUUACUGGUAACUUGAACAGAAUCAUUGACCGUAACUACUACCCUGUUCCAGAAGCACGCAGGUCCAACAUGAGAAACAGACCUAUUGCCUUGGGUGUUCAAGGUCUUGCCGAUGCGUUCAUGGCUUUGAGAUUACCUUUCGACUCCCAAGAAGCAAAAGAAUUGAACAUUCAAAUUUUCGAAACUAUCUAUCACGGUGCUGUUGAGGCUUCUAUCGAAUUGGCUCAAAAAGAAGGUCCUUAUGAAUCAUACGAGGGAUCACCUGCUUCUCAAGGAUUGUUGCAAUUUGACUUGUGGGACAGAAAGCCUACUGAGUUGUGGGACUGGGAUACUUUGAAGCAGAAGAUGGCUAAGCACGGUUUGAGAAACUCAUUGUUGGUCGCUCCUAUGCCAACUGCUUCCACCUCGCAGAUCUUGGGUAACAAUGAGUGCUUUGAACCUUACACUUCUAAUAUCUACUCCAGAAGAGUGUUGGCUGGUGAAUUCCAAAUUGUCAACCCAUACUUGUUGCGUGACUUGGUUGACUUGGGUCUUUGGAAUGACUCCAUGAAGAACAAUAUCAUCAGUAAUAACGGUUCGAUUCAGAACUUGCCAAACAUUCCUGACGAGAUCAAAGCAUUGUACAAGACGGUGUGGGAGAUUUCACAAAAGCAUAUCAUUGACAUGGCUGCUGAUAGAGCUGCAUUCAUUGACCAAUCCCAAUCUCUUAACAUUCAUAUUAAGGACCCUACUAUGGGUAAGUUGACAUCUAUGCACUUUUACGGAUGGAAGAAGGGUUUGAAGACUGGUAUGUACUACUUGAGAACACAAGCUGCUGCUGCUGCCAUUCAAUUUACCGUUGACCUGAGCACCAGUGUUAACGCUGGUAAGACAGUUGCAACUCUCGAAAAAUUGAAUAAGAGAAAGUAUACUGCUAGAGGUGCCACCGCCAGCUCCAGUGCUACUACUAGUGACAAUGACAACUCGUUCACCAAAUAUGAGACCGAGUCUACACCAUCCACCUCGUUGGAGAACUCUGUUGCUGAAAUGAGCUUGAAGGAUAAAGAUGCCGAGCAGCCAGAAGAGGCAGGAGAGGAUGGUGAUGCCACAGAAAGCGAUAUUUACAGUUCCAAGGUGAUCGCUUGUGCUAUUGACAACCCAGAGUCGUGUACUAUGUGCUCCGGUUAG